AUGCGCGAUAUUGGACUGAAUCCGACAAUAAAGUACACCGUCGGACGUUAUUUUCCGGACUUGGUCAUUGUGCGUCUAAAUAUGACGGGCAAUCGGACGGUAUACCAUGGCCCUGGUACUCACGCCGUCUUGAAUGAAGCUGUGGUCUCAUAUCAAAAUGGUACCGAAUAUGUUAAGUGGGAUCGUAAAAUGAUUGUUCGUUUAACUAAUGGUAUCGCAUCUUCCGUAUUAUUCGUUACUUCGCUUUCACCAGCCAGCAAUGCAUCAACGGAAUAUGAGCAGAGGCUUGGAUACGUGGAGCUGGGCUAG